AUGACCUCUUAUUGGCUGAUGUCAUUGAAACGCUCCAGGGAUUAGACACAUCUAUAAAUACUAAAGGGUAACUAUUUGGGGACUGUAAGGCACACUCUCAAGUCAGAAGAGUUUCAACAGUCGCAGAGAAAGGGUUCAUAGUGAGCAAUGGGUGAAGAAUCUUUCCUUCUUCGGUUAUCGGCUCAAGAUUACCAGUCCAUUCAAUUCCUCGUAGAGAAAAAGCAACACUUACUAAAACACACAUUAAGACUUCGCUUGACAGUCAAACGAAUGGAAAAGUUACGUAAGGUUACCACAGCAGCAAAUGUGACAGGGAAUUGCCUUGGCGUGACAGGUGCUCUUACUGCCAUUUUGGGAUUGUCGCUUAGCCCUGUCACAUUGGGUACUUCACUCCUGGCUUCCACUGUGGGGCUAAUAGUGGCUGCAUCUGGUGGAGUGGCUACCUUGACAUCUGAUCUAUCUUUGACAUUUUGUAACUUCAAGGAGCUUCGGAAGGUGCAGAAGAUAGCAGUCGAUUUCCGUCACCAAUUGAAGGAGAUAGUCAGUUUCCUACAACUCCUGCAACAAAAGAAAAGUCUUAGUGGGCAGGACUUCUGUGAAAUAUUAGGGUGUUCUGUUUCUAUGGACCGUCCUGUCUUUAUGGUGUUGUUUGGGGCUCAUGAUUUCCUUGUACCUCAGUAUUCUGAAGAGGCAACAAAGGUCAGCCAAGUUGUAUUAAAGGCAAAAGUCCAGCGAUUGGUCGAGACUAUAGAGGCCUGUGUGGAUGUGUUGGAUGAGAUUUGCCAGCUCAUAAGAAAGACAUAGAUGGAAAAAGAGAAUGUUUAAUGACUGUUCAGAGAACAUGUAUUAGUUGCACUUACAUUUAACUCCUUUGGUUGAGAACUGAACCAAGAAUCAAUGGCAGGUGUCACUUGCUUGUUUCUGGAGGUUUGGUCUUCUCCAGGGAAGGCGGCAUCUCCUCUUGCUAAGGGGCCGAUUCACUAACUUCGAGUGAAGGAUUCGAAGUAAAAAAACUUCGAAUUUCGAAGUGUUUUUUGGGCUACUUCGACCAUCGAAUGGGCUACUACGACCUUCGACUACGACUUUGAA